AUGCGGGUAGAUAUGCAGCACUCGCCACCGCCGAGGCCGCGGAAGGCCCGCCAUCAGACUGAUGAUGAACUGGGCUACGAGGCCAGAAUGCAGGUAGCGGAGCAGCAUCCCUUAGCGCCCGAAGGCGAAGAUGAAGCUAUAUUGAGUGGAAUGUACCUACCUGGUAGACCGGACAUACUGCACAACAUUGAUGUGGUGCCGGACAGGGAAGACGGGUAUCUAUCUGGGUAUGACUCAGGUUAUGAGUCUGAUGAUGACUGCGAAAGCUUUGGGGUCAAAGGGUUUAGGAACUUUUGUGAAGCGGGGAAGACUGUAGAGAAAGUCCAAGAGGCUACCGCUCUGUUUCACUAG